UCAGACCGAGUGCGACGUAUUGUUGCCGCCUCGUCGCAUUGACCAAACGGUAUUGUGCUCUGCAGUCGCUUAGCCGCAUAGUCUCGUUGUCUCGUAGUCUCAUAGUUGCGGCAGUCGCAAUCGUAUCGGAAGUGUGUUUAACGUGUUUCGUGGAUUUCCGCUCUAACGCGACCACAUUGCUUGGCAGCAGCUGUCAAUCGAAGUUUCGCGAACUUAAAAGUCAACUACUUUACGGUUUUGUGUAUUAAUUAAAAUUGUGCGUAUGGCAAAAGCCUAGAACGUGAUAAAGUGCGAAAUAGUGUUGCGUCCAUUGUGUGGCGUUUGUGUGUGUGCGGGUAUUACAUUUUGGGCGCGCCGUCAUCAGUGUGUCGGGGAAUCUGUGUCACCUACCCAGAAGAGUGACGUUUGACGCACGGUCGCCAAAAUUGUUGACAACAGAAAAAGAAAGAAAGAAAGCGCUACAGCCAAAUCAAUGCGAAAACAUUGAGAAAGCUUCACUCUUUCUGUUUGUUGCUGUGAAACAAUUCGGAUUUUGCAUCGUACGAGCAGCAUUGCCUAAAUGCAAUUUUACUAAUUCACAAAGCGCAUAAAUUACACUUGCCAACGAAGCGUUGAAACUAAUUUGAACUCUCGCACCGAAAUUACGAAGGUCGUACACGUCGAAAAUGCUGUUGCCAGGCCGAGGAACUCUUCACACGCCGCCGCUUGCAUUGGCGCGCUUGCCGUUGCUGCUGCUUUUUGUUGGAGCUGCAUUGUCAGCCCGUUUUGUUGGCGCGGCAAUCGCCUCAGCCACGGACGAUGCGACGCAAAUUUUCGCUAAUAGUUUGACGAGGCGCGUGUUUAACGCCGACAGCGGUGGAAAUGGCUGUUCCGCACGCAAAUUUCAAUCGAUGGCCAAAGCUAUCGAUGACAUCGAGGAUCUGGAAUUGGAUGUGCCGGUUAACAUCGCUUUCGAUAACCAUCAGAAGAAGAGAUUUUUGCUUAACAUCAACAACUCCGCGCCGUUAACCAUCACUUUUUCGCAGCAGGUCGUGCGUAAACUUUACUUCAAUCAAACAAUAAAUUUAUCGCGUUCACUGAAAUCGGAUCAGCGCACGGUGGUGCUGCCCUGUGCAUUGCGUGGCCACUACGAUGUUUUCGUGCAGGCCCGUCAGCGCGGCUCCAUCAAAAUCGAGGCGCAUGCAGCACAUCCGCAGUCCGGCUGGCCGCUGCUCAAUCGCACGCAUCACAUACGCAUACGCACGCAGAAUCUGGUGCGCAAUCGUCAGAUGAUAGUCAAGUGGGACAAGAGUAAAUUUGAUUUCCAUGCGGUGCAUUACUGUCUGGUGGUGAACACACAGCGCCGCCAAUUGAAUUUCUGCAAUGCCGUCAAUGACUACUUCUCGGCUGCGACGGCGCGUGAAACUGUUGCUGCGCCUGCCAACUGCUAUCCCGGUUCGUUGGUGGACCAAAUAUGGUUAAGACCACCGGAGCGUGCUAAGAAAAUUGAUGUACGCAACGUCAACAUUAUCUGUACGGGCGCUCACACGCAACAGCUGCUGCGCGGUGUGCUACCGAAUCUUACCUAUUACUUGGAUAUAUUUGGCGUUCACACACGCCGCCAAAAUCUCACCUUUCACAUUGCCUCGACACAAGUGGAUUAUAAUCGGACGCAUCCGGUUGCGCUGAGCGACAAUAUGCUAACCAUGCGGAAAAUAUCGGGGCUAAAUGGUGUGCAGGUCUUCAGUUUUAAGGUUCCUGGAAGAGAAACCAUACUGCCAACAACAGCGCUGCAGCUGCGCUAUCUCAUUGUGCCGUGCGGCGGUAGCGAAAUCGAUAUAAAAAUUUUGCGCAAUCGCACGCUUAUGGGGAAUGCGACCGGUAUAUAUAGGCCCACUUACAUACGUUUAUCAGAGGUGCACAAGGGUCAGCGUUACAUAGCGCGUUUCACGCCCAGCAACGAAGACGAGACGCUGCGCGCACACAAAGUGGGACUGGCUGUCACGACAACCGGCAUCUUUCAGCACCUGCCAGAGCUGCCGGCUGAUAUAACAGUUUUCGAUGUGAGCACACGCUGCUCCUUAGCCACCAUUGCAUGGUACAGUUCGCCGGACAGUCGAACAAUAAGGUACUGCAUAAUUGUGUUCAAUUUGCCGCAGCGUAAUCGGAGCUCCAUCGAUUACACGAACUACUGCCUCGACUUUGGAAGGCGCGUGGUGCAGCAUCCGCUAUUUCAAUCCAUUAAAUGCGUCGAACGUUCAAAGAGUUCGCCACUCGAAACGCACACCAUAUUCAAUCUGACACCAGGUGAAACAUACCUCAUCUAUGUAACGGCGAAUCUCAACGAGGGCAGACCGCUGCCAUACCAAACGCUGCGGAUCACAAUGGGUCGUCGUUGCAGCAAAGACCUACUCGAUUCGCGAGAGCCCACCACCUACUACUGAUUGGCCACCGAGGUUCCUCCGCUCCGUAACGUGAGCGACAAUGGCGUGCAAUUAACUAAGACACGGUUGCAAUAUGCAUUUGCUAAUGUCUACAACUA